AUCGUCGUCUUUUAAAUGUUUAUCUCAUUCUCAUUAUUAGUCAAAACAUUUUGUUUAGAUUGCCAUUUAUACUUUCAUAUAGUUAGUAGGUAAAUGGCAGCCUAAGUUUCUUAGGAAUAUCUUGUUUGUCAUGGGUAAUCCAAUAAGACCUUUCGUUUCCAAAUAGUUGAUGUACAAUGAGACGUAAAAAAAGUCAUGUUGUUUGUUACUUUUGUGUCUUAUUAAUAGGUUGAUCUUCAAGAUAGGUAUCUUGAUAUUUUCUCAGAAAAUGCGAUUUUUUUUUGGAAUUUCUAACAGUGUUGUAAUCUAUUUAGUAGUUAAUGGCCACAUUGCUGAGGAGUUUUUGUGUAUUUGUAUAUUUGGAAGUCCCAAUCAGGAAUUUAGAAUCGGUUUCUUGCAGAAGCAUUGGACUACUAUUCCUUGCGGCUUGUUUUUCUUGGAGAUAUUAAUCACCCAUCAACAUAAUAUGAAAGUGGUAUCAUUUAACAGUUCUUCAAACCAUAUAAUACUCAAACUGGAAUUAUCUUCUUCUGUACCUACUCCAAAAUUGUUUACAAAUUUGUCUAAUUGCAUCUUCCAAGUUUCAAUUAGGAUAAUCUCUGAGCUCCUUGUAUUCUUGCAGCUAUUUCUUUUCACGGAGUGCUCGAAGCUCUUCUCCCUUAAGUUGUAGUUGGGCCUAAGCUCUAUCAAAAUUUUGAGUUGAAGACUGGGGUCACAUUCACACCAUCAAAAUGUUCAAAGAGCAUGUAAUUGAUAUAGAAAGCUCUUAUUGGAUUGCCUUUUAAUAUGGGGUGUACGUAUGAUGUCGAAUGUGCGAAUAAAUGCGUAGUUAUUUACCGUUAAAGAACUAAAGUGCAAAACUUAAGUUAGAAAAGAAAAAGUGAUAACUGGUAAACUAAUGAUAAUUUUGUUCUCUACUGGAUUCUACAAAUCGACAGGUUAGCUGCAAAAGAAAAGUCGUCCAUUCAUACACUUAAGUAUCGGAUCACCAAAAUGGUGUAGUGGUAAAACACAAUAUAGAGCGAAUGAAUGUAUGCGUUUUUCAGAAAAUUAUUAAUCACCCCAGCAUAUUUCUAGGUCCGCUAAGAUGUGUUUUAUAUCAAGAAACUUCCCAGUGUUAAACAAAGGCGAUUUUCUUGGCACGUGGCAAAACUCCCGAUUUCAAUGCAAGGGGCUACACACAGAUUAUGAAGGAGCAGAUACUCAAAGGAGAAGAAACUGAGCUAAGGAAAAAGUUGGUAGAAAAAUCAAAAGACGGUUCUCUAAAAGCUGCAACAAAUGGGGAAGCCAAAUCAUCAUCUAAGAAGCGUGGCCGUUGGGAUCAAACUGUGGAGGAAAGUCCAGUACCUAGCAAAAAGAAGACGCUUGGUGUAUCCAGCAGUGCAGCCGCUACUCCCAUAUGGGAUAAUGAUAAAACCCCAGCAGAUCAUCGCUGGGAUGAAACGCCAGGUCACAAAGGAAGUGAAACCCCUGGUGCUACUCCAGGUCAGUCUACACGAAUGUGGGAUGCGACACCUAGUCAUGCAACGCCAGGCGCCGCAACUCCCGGUCGAGAAACUCCAGGUCAUGAUAGAAGUACCAGUAGAAGAAAUCGAUGGGAUGAGACGCCAAAAACAGAGCGUGAAACGCCAGGCCAUUCAAGUGGGUGGGCAGAAACUCCUCGUACUGAUCGUACUGGGGCAGACCUCAUUCAAGAAACUCCGACUCCCGGAGCUUCAAAAAGAAGAUCACGUUGGGAUGAAACCCCUUCUGCUCAGUUAACUCCGUCAUCGGCCAUGACACCGGGCGGUAUGACUCCUCAGACACCUCACGGUACUCCUAGCCACACAACUCCAAUGUUGACUCCCGGUGGAUCUACGCCUGUCGGAGUGAAAGCUAUGGCCAUGUCCACCCCGACUCCAGGACACUUGGCUACAAUGACUCCAGAACAAUUACAGGCGUAUAGAUGGGAACGUGAAAUUGAUGAGCGGAAUAGACCUUACAGUGACGAAGAACUAGAUGCAAUGUUUCCACCAGGCUACAAAAUCCUAGCACCUCCUGCUGGGUAUGUUCCAAUCAGAACUCCGGCACGUAAAUUAACGGCUACUCCAACUCCCGUUGCGGGCAAUACACCUCAAGGCUUCUUCAUUCAGCAAGAAGAUAAAACUGCAAAGUAUCUCGAUAAUCAGCCAAAAGGUCAAAAUCUACCAUUCAUGAAACCAGAAGAUGCGCAGUAUUUCGAUAAACUUCUAGUCGAUGUGGACGAAGACGCACUAAGCCCAGAGGAUCAGAAGGAACGCAAAAUUAUGAAGCUUUUGCUAAAAAUCAAAAAUGGUACACCGCCCAUGAGAAAGGCGGCCUUGCGUCAGAUCACAGACAAAGCGAGAGAGUUCGGCGCAGGUCCACUAUUCAAUCAAAUUUUGCCGCUGUUGAUGAGUCCCACACUCGAAGAUCAAGAACGCCAUCUUUUGGUCAAAGUUAUUGACAGAAUUUUGUACAAGCUGGACGAUCUUGUGCGACCGUACGUCCACAAAAUUCUUGUCGUAAUUGAACCACUGCUCAUUGACGAAGAUUACUAUGCUCGCGUUGAAGGACGAGAAAUUAUUUCAAAUCUCGCCAAAGCGGCCGGGUUGGCUACUAUGAUUUCCACUAUGAGACCUGACAUUGACAAUAUUGACGAGUACGUUCGUAACACGACCGCUCGUGCAUUCGCAGUUGUCGCCUCCGCUUUAGGUAUACCAUCUCUUCUGCCCUUUUUAAAAGCAGUCUGUCGUUCGAAGAAAUCAUGGCAAGCCAGACACACCGGUAUCAAAAUUGUACAACAAAUUGCAAUUUUAAUGGGGUGUGCCAUUUUACCCCACUUAAAAUCGCUUGUUGAAAUUAUUGAGCAUGGAUUGGUCGAUGAACAGCAAAAGGUACGUACCAUAACAGCCUUGGGAAUUGCAGCGUUGGCAGAAGCGGCGACACCAUACGGCAUUGAAAGUUUUGACUCUGUCUUGAAACCAUUGUGGAAAGGUAUUCGUACUCAUCGUGGUAAAGGUCUCGCCGCCUUCCUCAAGGCCAUCGGCUACCUAAUACCGUUGAUGGACGCAGAAUAUGCAAACUAUUACACGCGAGAAGUGAUGCUAAUUUUAAUUCGCGAGUUUCAAUCGCCCGACGAAGAAAUGAAAAAAAUUGUACUCAAGGUCGUGAAACAGUGUUGUUCGACUGAUGGUGUCGAAGCGCAAUACAUUAAAGAAGAGAUUUUACCUCAAUUCUUCAAGCACUUUUGGAAUCAUCGUAUGGCAUUAGACAGACGUAAUUACAGGCAGUUGGUCGAUACAACAGUUGAAAUAGCGAACAAAGUGGGCGCGUCUGAAAUUAUAAAUAGGAUUGUCGACGAUUUGAAAGACGAAAAUGAACAGUAUCGUAAAAUGGUUAUGGAAAGUAUUGAGAAAAUUAUGGGCAAUUUAGGAGCGGCGGAUAUCGAUUCACGAUUAGAGGAACAAUUGAUUGACGGCAUUUUAUACGCAUUCCAGGAGCAAACAACCGAAGACGUCGUUAUGUUGAAUGGAUUCGGAACGAUAGUAAAUCAACUGGCGAAGCGAGUUAAACCGUACCUACCUCAAAUUUGUGGUACGAUUUUAUGGAGGUUGAACAACAAAUCUGCAAAAGUACGCCAGCAAGCCGCCGAUUUAAUUUCGCGCAUCGCCGUCGUCAUGAAAACUUGUCAGGAAGAGAAAUUGAUGGGUCACUUGGGAGUUGUCUUGUAUGAAUAUCUCGGCGAAGAAUAUCCGGAAGUUUUGGGAUCAAUAUUGGGCGCGCUUAAGGCUAUCGUUAACGUGAUCGGUAUGACAAAGAUGACUCCACCAAUCAAAGAUUUGCUUCCACGUCUUACACCAAUUUUGAAAAAUCGUCACGAGAAGGUGCAAGAAAAUUGUAUAGACUUAGUUGGGCGUAUAGCUGACCGUGGUCCCGAAUACGUAUCUGCGAGAGAAUGGAUGAGGAUUUGUUUUGAACUGUUGGAGUUACUAAAAGCACAUAAGAAAGCAAUUCGACGCGCCACUGUAAACACUUUCGGAUAUAUAGCUAAAGCUAUAGGUCCACAUGACGUUUUGGCAACACUUUUAAACAAUUUGAAAGUCCAAGAACGUCAAAAUCGAGUGUGCACAACAGUUGCUAUUGCGAUUGUAGCAGAAACAUGUUCCCCCUUCACUGUUUUACCCGCUUUAAUGAAUGAGUAUAGAGUUCCAGAAUUGAAUGUGCAAAAUGGCGUACUGAAGUCACUUUCCUUUUUAUUUGAGUAUAUUGGUGAAAUGGGUAAAGAUUACAUUUACGCGGUGGCCCCCUUAUUAGAGGACGCGUUAAUGGACCGUGAUUUAGUGCAUCGUCAGACCGCUUGUGCUGCCAUAAAACACAUGGCAUUGGGUGUAUAUGGGUUUGGUUGUGAGGAUGCACUCGUUCAUUUGUUGAAUUAUGUAUGGCCGAAUAUAUUUGAAACAUCACCACAUUUAGUGCAAGCGUUUAUGGAUGCUAUAGAAGGUAUGCGAGUUGCCCUCGGUCCCAUCACAAUAUUGCAGUACACGCUACAGGGUUUGUUCCAUCCAGCACGUAAAGUAAGGGACGUUUACUGGAAAAUUUAUAACUCCUUGUACAUUGGCGGACAAGAUGCUUUAGUUACUGGCUAUCCCAGAAUCAGUAACGAUCCAAAAAAUCAAUACAUUAGAUACGAUUUAGAUUAUGUAUUGUAAGAUUGUAGCGCUUGAGCAAGUUCCGUAUAUUCUUAGUACCAUUGGAGACGUUGCCGUUUUAUUUUAGAGUAUAUGGACAAGGAAUUUUUUGUUCAAAUGUGAGGUUAUGCGUUUGGGUAAUCUUUUAAGCAGUCAAUUUCGCAACAGGUGAAACUGUGACGUACAUUAGUAGUAAAUGGUUUGCAAGCUUUUGAUGCACAUUGACUUAUGUAUACAUUUCCAAAAUAAAAAGUUUUAAUUUUAA